UGGGCCAAGUACUACGGCAAGCUUAUCGGGCGCAUGGAGACACUACAGCACCGAGUGUCCGGCAUCGUGUAUGCGGCCAGUGAAGAUAGUUUCCACCUGGUGGACUUUACGUAUGAUGGCAGCGGACCAGACGCGUUCUUUUGGGCAGGCAGCAGUCCGGAGCCAGACAGCGCGGGCGAGAUUCUGGCUGACGAGAACGGCAGGCGACAGCGGCUCCGACGCUACAACCACGAGAACUUAGUCAUCAAGUUGGACAAGACGAUCCGCAACUACCGCUACCUGGCCGUGUACUGCCGGCGAUACUCGGCGAACUUCGGUUGGGUGAGGAUACCGCACGACUUCGAGCCGCCUUCACCGCAAGACCUGGGGUUUUUGAGUGGUGGCCACGGCAUCGCCGCUGACCCGGUCGUUCUGCUUGAUACCAGGACCGUGCAGCUGACCAACUUCCACUACGACGGAGGAGCACCGGAUGCGCAUUUCCUGGUAGGCAGAGGUGACGUGUCUGGAACGAACGGCAUCGCUAUCGCCGACGAAAAGGGCAGCCUCGACAAACUGCGUCGCUACGCCGGCGAGAACGUGACGCUGUCGCUGCGCCGAGGGGCCAGCUGGGACCAGUACGAGUGGCUCUCCAUCUACUGCGUCAAGGCUUCCCAGGAUCUCGCUCACAUACGGAUGCCCGACAAGCUCAGCGUGCCACUCGCCCAAGAGUUGACGCCCUACUUUGGCAAACUGCUUGGAAACCUGAACACGGGUAUUCACGGCAUUGGGGGCAAGCUUUACGCGGCCUCGGCAGACACUCUUGUACUGCAGGACUUCAGCUACGACGGCACGGGGCCAGAUGGCCACUUCCUCAUUGGCACUACGGAGAAGCCCGAUGGAUCAGGCCUGUUAUUGGCAGUCAAGCUGACAGUGCUACACCUCUUUCGGCGUAUAACAAAAGUACCGUCGUGCUGAGGCUACCCGCUGGCAAGAAAAUUACAGACUACGGGUGGUUCAGUGUAUACUGCAAAAAAGCACAGACGAGCUUCGCUCACGUGGACAUCACAAGUAAUGUGGACUACCCGCGACCAGCAAUCGUAGCGGCUCACAUCAGCGGCGCUCACAACACCCGUGCCGACGCUAUCAUUGUUGACGACAAGCGGACGCUGGUGCUCAAGAAUUUCCACUACGACGGCUCAGCACCAG